CCAGAGUUUCGACAGCUAUCAGCAGGACAUCAUACAAACAUUACGUAUCAAUUACAGUCAUAUACAUACCCGUUAUAACUUGAGGAACUAUCCGACGAAUCGCCUGUUAUAAAAUAUUUGAGCAAGAGCUGUACGGAAAAGUUUAUAAGGUCAGUUUCGCCGAAGACUAAUGUCAGUGUAAAUAUGAUCGGACGGUUCGAGUCGUUAUUAUUGAAGCCUGCGUGCCUUUUUGUCCUGCUGGGAAUUUCGUGCCCUGCACCAAACGCUGGCUUAACGCUCCGUUUCGGUAGUGACAUAAGGGUCCCGGUCUGCACUACGAUAUCGUUGCAGCAAUUGGGUCAGUUGAUCGCGGCAGCUUCAACCACAAAAAAAUUCACUCAUGAUCCACUUGUGAAUCGGUCCUCCGACCAAAACGAAACCUACAAGCCACUUCCGGAAGGCUACGCCCGAUAUCUCAACUCCAAUGUGGCCUAUAAAAAUUACAAGACGCCGGUAGUCUGGACGGAGGCGAAGAAACUGUGCGAGAAAGAAGGUGCUCGUUUGGUUGUGGCAGACCAAGAGACGUAUACUUAUUUGAUUAAUUUGGAUAAAAUUAGCAGAUUACAUGUAGGCAUUCAUCGUAUUGGCGACGAAUGGAUCAGCAUUCAUGACGGAUCCGUUGUGAAUAACAUACCAUGGGCGAUUGGUCAACCUGACUCGAAGUUCGGAUGUGUCGGAACACAAACCUGGACCGGUCUUCUAGAAACUAUCCCUUGCGACAAGGGCAUAGAUGCACGAUAUCGACAUUAUUUCUGCGAGCUUCCGAUUCCCAAAAACAGCUUGUGA